AACAGCCCGAGAUUCGAUGGUUCGCCAUUUUUAAAGCGAGCUACUGUUGGCAGCAGGCACAGUGGAAUUGAACUAAUUCCAACAAUCCCUUUGCUAACAAUGGCGGACGAAGAGUUACCAGCGGGUUGGGAUAAACGUCUCAGCAGGACAACUGGUCAACACUACUAUCUUAAUAUAUACACAAAAGAGAGCCAGUGGGAUAUGCCGGAUAAACCUGCAGAAGGACCAAAAGAGGUGCAAUGCUCGCAUCUGCUCGUAAAGCAUGCAGGCUCAAGACGACCCUCGUCGUGGCGAGAAGAAAAUAUUACAAGAACCAAGGAAGAGGCUCUUGAACUUGUAAAAUCCUAUCGGGAGCAGAUCGUAUCGGGUAAAGCAACGUUUGCUGAGUUAGCUUCAAAGUACAGCGAUUGUAGUUCGGCAAGACGUGGUGGUGACCUUGGGCCGUUUGGUCGAGGUGCAAUGCAAAAACCGUUCGAACAGGCUGCAUUUGCUCUUAGAGUUGGAAAACUUUCUACUCCCGUUCACACGGACAGUGGCGUACAUAUAAUUCAUCGCACUGCUUAAUCCAUCAUUUACACUAGAGUAUGUGCUUAUGAAAAAUUCACCAAUUAAUUAAUUAUUGUAUAUUACCAACUACAUUCAUUGAACUAAUCAUUCUGAGCAUUCAAUCUCUAUUGAAUGUAUGUCAAUAUCAAGAUAAUUUUGCACUGCUCAUUGAAGGAUAAUUAUUAUCUUUUUUUUAUUGUAAAUUGGUUUAUUAUAAAAUUAUGAUCAUUAUAUCUGUAAUCUCAUUGUGAAACUUAUUUGAAUUUGAAUUUUUAGGUUAUUAAAUUCUACAUCACAUUUAAUAAUUCGUUCCCAAUCAGAAUUACAAAUUAAAUUUUAAAUAGAAUCUUCCAUCACCUCACAGAUUUGAAGAAUAAUCGAAAUAAAACCAAUAAAUAACCAUAAUCGAUUAUAAAUUAUUCCUAAUUGAUUUGGAAUGAUUGAUUAGUAAUACCACAUUCCAAUCUUUACGGAUCGCUGUAAUAGAUUUAAUUAAUAAUGUUCCGCUUUUAAUUCCAAAAAAUGAGAAUUUCACGUUUCAACUGAAAUGCUUAGCUCAAUGAAUAACAUAAUUAGAUUUUCAGCUCUUGGCUGAAGUUUCAAUAUCCUUUGAAAAAGUGAGUGAAAAUUAAAUACGGAUAAACAAAAAAAUUAGUAAUAAUAAUAAUAAUGAUAAUAACUUUAGUAAUCAUGUAAAAUGAGUUUGUGAUGUGAAUUUAUUUAAUAAAUAAAUUUAUAAGCCUAUAAAUAUAUAAAAUACUAUAGUAUAUCCAUUUGUAUAGA